AAAGGAACUGUGGUAGACACACUCAUCAAUCCUUACUUCAGCUCGCACUGUAUCUUCAGUCUUUGACUCUGCAUUUUUUAACCUAAAGUGGACGGCAAUUUUUACAGUCCAAACAUGGCCAACAAAUCAGGAUUUAUCAGAAUGAAUGAUGAGCAGCUGAGGAUUGUGAUGGUGGGGAAGACAGGGAAUGGGAAGAGCGCCACCGGAAACACCAUUCUGGGACGGAAGUGCUUUGAAUCAAAGUGCAGCGCAAAGUCUUUGACUGUAGAAUGUUCGAAGGGGCACACUGUGGUAGAUGGAAAACAGGUUGCUGUCAUUGACACCCCAGGUCUGUUUGACACCAGGUUUGAACAGGAACAAACAACUAAACUUUUAAAUGACUGCAUCUCUUUUGCUGCUCCUGGACCCCAUAUCUUCCUGGUGGUCAUCAAGGUGGGCAGAUUCACACAGGAGGAAAAGCAGACAGUGCAGAAGAUUAAGGAACUCUUUGGCAAGGAUGCAGAUAGAUACAGCAUGGUUCUCUUUACUGGUGCUGACUUUCUGGACACCACUAUCGAGGACUUCUUGGACGAAAGUCCAGACCUUCAAGAACUUGUCCACAGAUGUAACGGCCAGUACCAUGUCUUCAAUAAUAAGCUGAGUAGUCCGUCUCAGGUCAGUGAGCUGCUCCAGAAGGUCAGAAAUAUAGUCCAGAAGAACGGAGGAAGCCACUACACCAAUGAGAUGUUCCAAGAGGCUGAGAGGGCAAUUGAAGAGGAGAAACAACGUCAGCUGAGGAUUGUGAUGGUGGGGAAGACAGGGAAUGGGAAGAGCGCCACCGGAAACACCAUUCUGGGACGGAAGUGCUUUGAAUCAAAGUGCAGCGCAAAGUCUUUGACUGUAGAAUGUUCGAAGGAGCACACUGUGGUAGAUGGAAAACAGGUUGCUGUCAUUGACACCCCCGGUCUGUUUGACACCAGGUUUGAACAGGAACAAACAACUAAAGUUUUAAAUGACUGCAUCUCUUUUGCUGCUCCUGGACCCCAUAUCUUCCUGGUGGUCAUCAAGGUGGGCAGAUUCACACAGGAGGAAAAGCAGACAGUGCAGAAGAUUAAGGAACUCUUUGGCAAGGAUGCAGAUAGAUACAGCAUGGUUCUCUUUACUGGUGCUGACUUUCUGGACACCACUAUCGAGGACUUCUUGGACGAAAGUCCAGACCUUCAAGAACUUGUCCACAGAUGUAACGGCCAGUACCAUGUCUUCAAUAAUAAGCUGAGUAGUCCGUCUCAGGUCAGUGAGCUGCUCCAGAAGGUCAGAAAUAUAGUCCAGAAGAAUGGAGGAAGCCACUACACCAAUGAGAUGUUCCAAGAGGCUGAGAGGGCAGUUGAAGAGGAGAAACAACGUGUUCUGAAAGAGAAAGAAGAGGAAAUACGCAGAGAACGAGAGAAACUGGAGAGGAAGCUUCAAGAAGAACAUGAAAAAGCAAUAAUGAGAAUUAAUGAACAACUCCAGGCUGAGAGAGAGAGGGAGAGGAGAGAGAGGGAGGAGGAGAGAAAGAGGGAGAAGCAGGAGAUGAAUGAGGAGAGACGGAAGGAGAGGGAGGAGAGAGAAGCAGAGAGAAAGAGAGAGAGAGAGCAGAAGGAAAGGGAGUUGGAAAAAAUGAAGGAUGAAUUAAAAGCAAACCAUGACAGAGAACUUGAAAUGCAAGAGAGCAGAUUGAGGGAAAGCUAUGAGAGAAACGCCAGGGUUCAAGCUGAACAUUGUAAUACAUACAGUUCACCAUGUAAUAUCCUGUAAAAUCAGUAAAACCAGCUUCUGUUUCCUCAGUGCAGUUGGUCUGUUUCAGUCAAAUUAAAAUUUCCACCAGACAUACUUAAACCCUUUUCAGAACAUCAAAACAUAACUCUUGUAAAAAUGAUGAGUUGAAUUAAAGCCCAACUAAACAGGCUAUUCUCUAAAAUCAUAACAUUAAGUUUGUAAAUAUUAUGAUAAUCUAUUAUAUUUCUCUUGGGAUGAUUUUCUCUAGAAACCCUUUGUUCCUACACGCAUAUCGAAAUUAAAUGGAAGUGUCCUUUACAAAGGUUUGGGAAUUUGGGUGAAGCUGUGUUGAAUACUGUCAGUUAUUUGUGAAGCUUUACUUCUGCUGAAACAACAGGUGUAAAUGAAAAAAAAGAAUCAACUGAAACUCAAACUUAAAAUCUGAUGAUUAAAGUGAAUAAACAAUUCUGUUGUAGUUUAAUAAACCUGCUCCCACUCAAA